UACCCGAACCUCCAUGCUUUCCUUCAUCCACCGGAGCACCCGACCUUGAAACUGCUGACGCAAGGAGAUAUCAAUUCCAUAAUACUGCCACUCUAUCACUGUGGGGUAGAAAGUUUAUCCUAAUGGUUCAACCAUCCAACGCCACGGUCAGAAAGCUGCUGACGAAAUCACAAACAACGCCACAACGAAGACCACGCCAGUCGCCCUCUCCCAUCUCAAUUGUUAUCAAAAUUGUCACAGCGACUGUUAUCAUCCUUGCCAUAGUGCACCCGAUUUAUCUCUAUCGCCACAUAUCCCAAUCGAACGCAAUCCCUGGGGACUGGUUCCAGAACAAAUCAAUGUCAUCGCUGUCGGCGGAGUCAACCAACCGCAAGCCAAAGACGCCAACCGAAGGCCAAGCAACAGGGCUUACACGAGCGCAAGAAAAUAACGCUCACCGACUACACCUUCGCACGACUCCUGGCGAACGACCGUAUCUGCGACAAGACAGUCCGGGUUGUUUGACGGAUGCUUGUGUACAGCAACUGGCGUCCACGAUUGCUCGCGCCUUUCCGGACCGCGUUAACCAGAGUUGGUGUUUUCGGGAGGAACCUCCACUGGGUCAUGAAGACAACGCCAACGCGCCCGCGUCAGUACACAGCAAAGACGGAAAUGGGGUGUGGCGGGGCAUAAUCCUGGUCAAAGUUCCCAAAGGCGCGUCUUCCACCUCGGCCGGCGUUGCCAUUCGCAUCGGUCGCCGUGUCGGGUGUCAGGCAGUCCAGUGGAAACACCGCGUCGCUUCCAAGUACCAACGGCUCCACCAUCCCGACACCUUUUUGUUUACGACCGUUCGGGACCCGGCAGCACGUGCGAUCAGCACUAUUUUCUUCCAUACCAUAAGUCGAAGCCCAAAAGCCAAACCGACGGACGAUCUCAUCAAAACUUAUUUACAACAGAGCAAGGAUAUACACUUUGGAUCCAUUUCGGAGGGACAGGGAGGUUUUCAAUUGCGUUACACAUCCCUAGACGAGAUUGCUAAGGGCUCGGCCUGGUCCGCGACCAACAGAACGCGCGUUUUGCAUCCGGAGCAGGUCGUCGCCAACGUGCGGAGCGUAAUUGACUCUUACGGAUUCUUGCUUGUAACGGAGCGUAUGGAGGAAUCUCUCGUCGCCAUGGCACUUGUCCUGGGCAUUGACGUGGCUGACGUUCUAGUCACGUCGUCCAAGGUCGCCGGUGGUAGUCGGUAUCACUUUGCCCGUAUGCCUAAACAAGAGUACAAAUGCUUACCUACCGUCAAAAGCUUUGUUUCUCCCGGAGUCGCUCAAUACAUAGAUUCGGACGAGUGGCGGGCAAUUAACUAUGGAGAUUACUUGCUGCAAGCCACCGCCAACCAGAGUUUAGAUUUGACCAUUGCACGUUUGGGGAGAACGCGGUUUGAGGCGGCUCUGUCCGAAUUCCGUACAUUGCGCGCCAAGGAACAAGCUCUUUGCGCCCCUAAUGUGUCAUUCCCGUGUUCGAACGAGGGCGUUCCACAACCACAGCUUGCCACAGAAUCCUGUUACCUACCAUUUUUUGAUUUCGGCUGUGGACACAAAUGCAUUGAUCAAAUGAUCAAAAUUGAUCGGGAAAUGCGGGGAGUUAGUGGAUGGCAGUACCAAUAG